ACGCAUACGUAAUUCUGCACUUGACGUGAAAACCUCGUUAGUUCAACAGAGAGACUUCAAGGAUAUAGACGGUAUUGCACCAUGAAAAUGAAGAAGACAAUCGGAGAAAAACUCCGGAAAAUAGCGAAACCAAAGGACAAAGACCUUAUCGUAAAGAGAGGGGUCAGUAAACACCCCAUUGAAAAGAGGAACCAUGACCGCAUCCACAGGUGCUUGUCGCAGAUCAGAUCGGCAGUGAGGGGCACAAAAGAUAAUGCUAAAAAUGUGUCGGUCAUGGUGGAGGAAAGUAAAGGAAAUUUGUAUCAAGGAAGGAAAUCAAAAACGAAUGACACCAAGAAGAGUGAAAUGAAAACGAACAACUUUACACCUAAGCAGCAGUCACGUGGAAUGAAGGACAUAUUCAAAAGUUUCAAGAAUCUGAGAAGCAGAUCAAACAUUAAGGGAUGUUCAUACAAACACCUUCCGAAGACGCCACAGCAACACAACAACAUGGAACUGCUUACAGCGUAUUCUCCGCCGAGAAAUGAACUGCCUAGACAGAUGGCUCAGAGAAGACUGUUCAGCCGAGCGAGCUCCGACUUGGACAAUUCAGUGCUUAGUUCUCGUCAGUACACAUUGUCAACCCUGAUGUGUCCAGACACAACUGUCUACAGCCACCCACAACCGGUUUUUAUGGACUACGACACCAAUAUGUCUUUCUCACGUCUGUCUUCAACACCGCUUACAGCUAGAAUUGGCAGUCCUCGCUUUGCUUCGACACCAACAUCAGAUCAAUAUGGCAGCAUCAUCUCUAGAAUUGAUCACGUGCUCGAGUCGUCAGCCAAUCAAUGUUCGAAGAUAUUUGAAACUGGACACAGUAGUAAGUUAAGAAUGGCAUUAGAACCCUUAUUUCAGGAUAGCUAUGUGGCAGCUGUUGAUAUAUGGCGCCCUUGGAUGUGAUGACAAGACUAUCGAUUAGUUAGUGCUAUAAAAAGGACCCUAUGUAUUUUAUUACAUCUUACACGUGUUU